AUGAUACUACUCAAUAUUCUUACGCAAAUGAAAAAUAAAAAGACAAAAUGUGAGACGAAUGAUCCUAAUGCAGAAAAUCUACAACUAAGAAACAAUAGUGAAAAUUUUUCCUUCGAGUUUUUUCCCCCUUCUGAUAAUAUUAAUAAAGAGCUUGAAGACAACGACGAAGAAAUUAAAUUUGAUCUAAAAAACAUUUCAAUAGAGUUGAAGCGUGAACCAAAAGCUAAGUGGGAAGUUGGUUGUACUUGUAUAACAGAUAGAUUUCGCCAGUAUCAAAAAGAUAUUCUCAAGAAAGCACAGAGAGAAGGUUUAAAAUAUGAUAAUAUUUACGAACUUCUACACUUGGUUGGCGGAGACGUUUUUAUGGAUAGUGUAAAAUCUCAAUUGAACAGAAUAGUCGCAUCCAUGUUCAAUAAUCUAUAUUAUAGUAUUCCGGAAGUUGCCCCAUCAAAGCUAUCCGAGGAGGAACAUUGUGAUAUGUUCAUAUAUCCAAUUACUCGUUCGUUUCAUCGACCCGAAAAAGAAUAUGAACUUGGAUUAAAUCGUGCCACCGCAAGAUCAAAAACAAGACCCGAUCUUUCGUGUUUAGUGAAUGGUGUGGCAAUCUUAAACUCAGAGUUUAAGCCAUUGGGUUUCACACCAUUACAAGGAAAAAAGGAUAGGUUGAAAGCUCAAUUGAAAGGGAGAAAAUCAAUAAACCAACAAUUAGAAAGAAAGGGAGGUCCAGGCGAAAGUGCUAUAUUUUUAAACCUCGGUGAUUCGAUGGAAUCCUUUAUUAUGGAUCUAAAAUUUGACGGUUUAUACCGUUCCUGGCUGUUUCUCAAAACAAAGGUGGUAGUCGACAAAUCUGCAAUUCCGUUAGCAGAAUUCGCGAUAAGUCAUUUCGUUGCUUUGGAGAAUUUCAAAUAUCGAAGUGAUCAAUUUACACCACCUACACAAAUGUCUUAUAUUCGCAAACUUCCAGAUACGCCACAAGAAAAAGAUACUGCACAUGAUGGGUUUGAUUUUUCAGAUGUUCCAAGCUAUGCAGAUGCAAAACUUAUUCAAGAAGAAGAAAGUUUAAGCAAAUUAGAAACAGUCUAUCAACAUUAUCUUAUGAAGAAGCUGGAUAUUUUUGUUUCCAAAUACCCAAGCAUGCAACUGAAACAUGUAGAUACUCACCAGAAACCUAUUCUUAAGGGACAAAAACCAGAUAUUAUCUUCUAUUUGCAAGAUCGAGCCAUCUCAAAUAUCAAUAUUGUUUCUGUUUUAGAGAUCAAAGUCACUGAAAAAGAGGAUGAAUGGGUGAAAGCCACAUCUCUUGCAGAAUCACAAGGAGGCAACAGGGAUUUGACAACUUGUCAUCAUAUUCAAUUCAUUAAAGCUGUAUUGACUGAAAAUAAUGAUACCUAUUUCUAUAUAACUGGUAUCCUUCCAUUUAGAAAAGUUGGAUCCCAUUAUCUUGCACACUUUUGUUUAUCAACAUCAGAACUUCUUGGAUUUUCACUUCCAACAAUUAAAUAUCAAGAAAAAAUAUUUGAGGCGACAGAGAUACUUGGAACUGGCGCAACAAGUACUGCUUACUUACUUGGAAAUGAUUAUGUCUUAAAGGUUUAUAAGCCUAUUUAUGCUGAUAUUUUCAAUUUUGAAAGGGAGGUGGUGUGA